AUGGCGCCUCUCUCUUGUUUGGCCGGGCCUGACAAGCAGAGCAGGAGCAAGACGGAUGUCAGGUCUGCUCUGGAUACCCUCUCCGCACUGGAUGCCAUCUUUUCAGACAGUGGGUAUGAAAGUGGCUCCGUCAGCGACGAUGAAGACGACGACGACGGCCAGCUCCCCCCCGAACACUACCUGGCCUUAGCAGAGAGCCUUGAUAUCGCUCAGCUUCGAGACAGAAGCGGUACAGCCCCAGAACCCAGGAAAAACUCGAUGAGACCCGUGGUUACUGGGAGAGUGGCGCUGGGCAGGUAUUGUCGGCACAUCAAGGCUAACGCGGAGCGGCAAUGGGAUCGGAUCUCUAAUUCAGAGGAGACGGUUCGCUUCCUGUAUGCAUUCUUUAGCUGGCGGUGUGAUAUCCGUCGUGGCAAGAACAAUCGAUACUGUCCGGGCAUUAAGCGCAAAAGCUCACUGGAGACAUUUUGGAAGUGGUGGCACCUUGUCCUCAAACAGGAAACGGCAUCGGGACUCAGCAAAGAUACAAUUGUCAAGGUUACAGGAUGUGAGCACCUAUACUCUCUCUCCUCGGAUCACUUAACCCGAAGCACCACUAAUCUCUUGCAGGUUGUUGCACAGGUGGCCACAGAAAAAGAGCUGGCUCUUGUUGAGCGGCCAAAGAAGAACAUGUACAUUGAAGAUGUUGCUGAGUUCGCUCAAGUCGUUCUCACCACCACUGAGAUGACAUUUGUCUGCGGUUGGCAGCGCAUUCAAAUGCUUCUCUUCUUGCAGCUUGCAGCCAUCACCGCCAGCCGUCCCUCGGCGAUCCUCCAUCUUCGGUAUCGAGACGUCGUGUUAACCCUGAUCCGCGUUCCAGACGGCGGACGCCCCCGAUUGUUCAUAUUCUUAAAACCAGAAUUUACUAAAAGAUUUCUCGGAGAUAAGGCACCGAACGAGUUUAAGAUUCCGGAAAUCAUCUUUGACCCAACCCUGGUUCUCAGCCCGCAUAUCUGCCUGCUGACUCUGCUCUUUCACAUUGGAGGAUUCAAGUCAAUUUCAACAAGUGGACCAGUGCUGGAUUGCGCAGAGAAACUCUACAGCGCCAAGGUGCUGGAUGGCAAGGGACAGCAGCAGCCGCUACUACUAAAGGAUGAAUUACUGGAUAAGUUUGUGUUUUGCCAGACGGAGCCAACAUCCACCGGAUUUAAAAUUUGCUUGGAUCAGAGGAUGACUCCAUCCAUGGUGAGUUCCCGGAUGCGCCGAGCCGGUGAGAUCACGGGCUUUGAGGAGGUCGCCCACCCGUACAACCUCCGAUAUGCUGGAGCUAAGGCAUUUAACAACAGCGAGGAAGUUACGGAAGCUCUUCAGAACGUCAUGCUCCAGCACGCGGAUAUUCGCACCUUCGUCAAGCAUUAUCAGGUGGACGUCGACGUUGACGCGCAGGGAAUAGUCCGGAAAACAGGCUCCCAAACAGCAUUGGUGCGAUUUGCCUGCUCGAUGAGUGCAUCCAUCGACCCCAACCGACCGUAUAAGCUCUCUCCAGAAGAAUCACGGUCCCUCAAUUACCUUCCAGUUGUCCUUGGCCGUCAGGAUACUCUCCAGAAGCGCAAGCGUGAAUCGGAGGAUCGUGAAGCCGAGUUAGAACGUGCCAACAAGGUGUGCAAGACUGCUCUAGGGCACCUUGACGACAGAUUACUCGCCGAGUCCAACCCUGAGGUGCUGGAGAGACUGGAAGUUUUCCGUGAUCGGACAGCAGAAGCAAAGUCGGAGAAGAACAGGGCUAUCCGUGAGCUGCGUAACGAGAAGCAGCGGCAGCGGAACCGACGGAUCCGUGAGAACCUUGAGCGCUAUAAGAAUGAGCAGCCUGUGAUUGACCUUGAACGACAACUGGCCGGGAAGCUGGUGGAUACCAAAGUCAUGGACACUUUCGAGCACGAGGCCUUCAUGCCUCCCGAGCACUUGAUGUUUGUUGACUGCGUGCUGACCAUGCCGGGCGCUAAUCUUGAAGCGGAAUAUCAGCGGAGGAUCAACACAAUCAACGCAGGAGUUGCAUUCUGUGGCGUGGAGGAAGGGCGGCCCUCGCGCCGGCCCACGGUCGAUGAUGACCCUUGUCCUCCGACCAAGCGGCAGAGGUGCUCGGUAAAGGAUAACACUGAGGUCCUCUUGCACCAAGCAAUGGAGUCUGUGCAGGCCAAGUCUACAGCUGAACAGCCUCAGACCUGCUUUCGGCCUCGCGUUUGCUUUCUCUGCGUUGGGAAUCCUAGUUGCGCGCUGGAGGACCGCAUUAUGAAAUACGCAACACCCGGAUCACUUACAAGGCACUUUCUACGAAGACAUAUCAACCCUCCAUGGCCGGCCACUGGGGUUGAGUGCAAUGUUUGUGAGGGGAAGUUGCUCCCGGCCAAAUCUGCUCUUCUAAGCCAUGCAGAGGAGGCCCACGGAACUGUUGUGCGGGGUCGCGCUCGGGAGAAACUAGCGUUGGAAUAUCAACGGAGCCUAGAGAACUAG